CCUAUGCUGAAAAAGAAGAAGACUACUGGGACUCUACUCUGGAGUUAUGAGACUAAUAUAAAUGUUUUUGGAACUGAUGCCUUCAAAACUGUAUGGCAUCACAAAGGUGAGGAGUACAAAGAAAAAUGCAUGGUGCCUACGGUAAAACAUGGUGGUGGCAGUGUCCUUCUGUGGGGCUGCAUGAGUGCUGCUGGUGUCGGGGAGCUGUAUUUCAUUGAUGGUAUCAUGAAUUCACAGAUGUACUGCUCUGUAUUGAAAACGAAGAUUUUCCAACAUGACAAUUAUGCAAAACAAACAUCUAAGGCCACUGUUGCAUUACUG